CACUCACAGUGCGCAAAUGGACGUGAUUCUUCCAUCAGCAUUGCAGUGGGAAGGAGAAAGAUUCCCAGGGGCCCUUAGUCAGUCUUACCCCAUGCUUACUGACGGAUCUCCGCCCCGCCUGGACCUUGCAGCCCACUAAAACUAUAAAGCCGAUCAUCGAUCGCAGCGACAGAGGGAAUAGUUCCUGAAAAUGCAUAUCGCACUCAAUCCAUUCUCAACACUACUCUACUCACUGAUCAUCCUCACUCCUCUCAUCUUCUUCAUCACCAAAGCCAUCUUCUCGAACAACAUUUCCAUCGAAAUGUCCAAGCCUCUCGCUCACGCUUCCAUCGUGGCCCGCCGCUCCAGCGAGCGCGGCUACGCCGAACACGGCGGCUGGCUGAAGACCUUCCACACAUUCAGCUUCGCCAACUACUACGACCACAAGUUCAACCAGUUCGGCAGUCUGCGCGUGCUCAACGAGGACCGUGUCGCGGCCCGCAAUGGAUUCCCGACCCACCCUCACCGCGAUGCCGAGAUCUUCAGCUACAUCCUCAGCGGCGAGCUGACCCACCGCGACAGCAUGAUCAAGAAGGGCGCCGAAGGUGCACAGGGCAAGCAAUUCUACCGGAUGAAGCGGGGUGAUGUACAGUUCACGACCGGUGGCACAGGCAUCGCGCAUUCCGAACAGAACGAGUCCAACAAGCCAGUCCACUUCCUUCAAAUCUGGGCUCUCCCAUGGAAGUAUGGACUCAAGCCAAACUACCACACGAGAACGUUCGAUGAGGCGGCCAAGCGUCAGGGGUUCGUGCAUAUCCUGUCGCCGCUCGCGGCGGGUCCCGAUGCUACCGCUGCGGAAGAGGAGGCGGCCGUCCCGAAGAUCCCCGAGACGAUCCCCAUCCAUGCGGACUUCGUGAUGGGGGCAGGCAUCAUCGAGCCCGAGAAGACAUUCCAGUGGACGGUUGGCGCUGGCGAUGCGGUCACCCAGAAGAGGAAGCGCAAUGUCUACAUCCACCUCCCCAUGACCAAGGGCGGCAAGGCAAAGAUCAGACUUGACUUCCGCGACAAUGCGAUUUUGGAAGAGGGCGACGGCGCUUUCAUCACAGGAGUGAACGCCGGAGAUGUGCUCAGCGUGGAGAGCGUCGGAGAGGCGGAAGCCGAGGUCGUUGUCUUGGACAGCAAUUAGACGGUGCUUUGGGGGCUGGCGUUUCUAGAUGGCGUCUUCCUAACUGGGCUUGAACCAGCACGGUUGUUUUCACUUUCUAGGGCUUGAUGUGUUUUUUUUUUAUCUGACUAUAGAUUAUGGCAUAUGUACGAGCGCUGUAUUUAUGAUUGACCUUUAAUGAUUCUUUUGGUUUACGACAACUAUCCAAGUCUCCAUAGAAGCCUUUAUGACCACUAGCGCGGAGAGGUGUUUAGUAGUCGGUGUGGUAUUGAUCCAUGAUUGUUUCCAAAGGACCUGUUUAUGAAGUGGCUAGUCCAGCAAUCUAUCCUUCUUACCCGAGGUGUAC